AUGUUCGGAAGUAUGCGCCGAGCAGAUGAUCCGGGUGUAUCUUCAGAUGAAGCAGCUACUUCUCAACAGGUAAGCCUUGGGCAAACGUUUUUCUUUUGAAAACCCAAUAAUGAAUUUUCAAAUUUCUAGCCAUCACUAACAACUGGAAUGUCUUGGGAACUUCGAGUUCAGAGCUUUGCUGGACUUUUCAUACUAUCUAUAAUUGCUUCAUUCUGUGUGAGUUUUUCUAGAACUCUAUCAUCAUUUUCAGAGAAAAAUAUCGAUUUUUGUUUCAGGGUAGCUACUUAUUAUUGCUGACAAAAAUCACGGGAUUCUGCAUAAUGACGUCAAUCAGCGCAAUUUUGUCGUUAUCAAGCACUUGUUGUCUAAUGGGACCAGUUGGACAAAUCAAGAAAAUGUUUGAUAAAAGUCGAUGGAUUUCUUCAUCAUUGUAUAUUUUGAUGAUAAUUCUAACUUUGAUCUCGGGAUUGUUUUUGGAGAAUGCGGUUCUUGCGAUCAUUUGCACUGCUGGACAGUAUAUUGCGAUGGCUUGGUAUUCGCUUUCCUACAUUCCUUAUGCUCGCGAAGCGAUUUCUCGCAUCUUGUGUUAA